CGGUGUGUGACCGUGCGCACACAGCGGGUGAAAGAAGCCCUUGCAGUCCUAUAAUUGAAGUAGGCGGAACUUUUACUGACUUCCAGCGCUUCCUUCAUCCGUCCGACACACUGUCCUCGUCACAGGCGGCACAGAGUGAACGGAAUUUCCUACACAGAGGAUGUUUCAUGCUGGAUUACUGCACAAAUCUGGAAGAAUAAUACAAAGUACAGCAAGAUUCAACGCUCCAGUUUUGGGAUGCUUGUAAACCGUGUAUUCAGACUACAGCUUUGGAAAUCCCGGACAUUGUCUCCAGAAACCUUCACUGCUGUACUUUCUAGUAAGAAAAGGCUGUACUCCAGUAAUUGUGACCAGUCAAGAGGAAAAAUGAAUGUCAUUACUGAAAGACAUGGUAGUAUCCUAACAAUUGGUAUUAAUAGGCCAGAAGCCAGAAAUGCUGUUAAUCCUGAUACUGCUGGUCAGCUUGUCCAAGCAUUUAAUGAAUUUGAGAAGGACCCAUCCCUAACCGCAGCUGUACUUCAUGGAUUAGGUGGAAAUUUCUGUGCUGGCUUUGAUCUGAAGGAAAUAGCCCACAACGCUUACUCUAUGAAGAUAGAGCCGAAUGUAACCAAAGGACCAGGACCCAUGGGGCCUAGCAGGAUGCAAUUUUCUAAACCAGUCAUUGCUGCUGUGAGUGGUUACGCUGUAGCAGGGGGUCUUGAGUUGUCUCUUCUGGCUGACCUUCGAGUUGUGGAAGAAAGUGCAAUCUUUGGAGUGUUCUGUAGACGUUUUGGAGUUCCCCUUAUUGAUGGAGGAACAGUCAGAUUGCCACAGUUAAUUGGCCUUUCAAGAGCUUUGGAUCUGAUUCUUACAGGACGGCAAGUGAAGGCCCAGGAAGCAUAUGAGUUUGGUCUAGCAAAUCGCAUGGUUCCUGAUGGGCAAGGACUUAAAUGUGCUAUUGAGUUGGCAGAGCAGAUAUCGUCCUUCCCCCAGAAAUGUAUGCGUGCUGACAGAGCCUCUGCCUACUAUAGUACCUUUGAUGCUGCCAAUUUUACAGAUGCAAUGCAGUACGAAUUUGACAAAGGAGCAAACGUUCUUGCUGAAGAGUCAGUGGCUGGAGCCAGAAGGUUCAGCGCGGGAGAAGGAAGGAAAGGAAAAUUGUAGCUAAACCUGUGUCUAUACUAGUAAUGUUAUAUUGAUGAUGAAUUGUAAUUUGCUCAAGUACUGCACAGCAAUUAUGUAUUCUGUUGUGCAAAGUUUUUUUUUUAAUUAUGUAGUAUCUUUUUGAGUUUUCUUAAACCAAUGUUGGACCCCAUGCACUCGAAUGGUGAGAAGCUGAAAAUGUGGUCAAUGUAAAAUUCCUGGGCAUUUUUUAUGCACCUGGGGAGUUACAGGUGCCGCAUACGGCCUGCCAUACAAUUAAAUGGCUAUACACAACUGUACUCUUGAAAAAGAUGAUGUUUUAAUGCAUCAGCAUCUACCAGCACAUACUAGUACAACACACUUUACUAAAUGGGAAAUUUACUUGUUCAGGAAAUAUAUCGUACGUUCAUGCAUGGGAAAACACAGAUUCACCAAAGUUUUGCUGUUUUACAUAAGUAUGGCCACGUACAAACAAUUCACUUCUGUAGCAGGCUGUACAUGGCACCUGCGGCUCCCUGGGCGUAGAAAAUCACCCAUAAUUUCACGCUGGUCAUAGUUUCAGCUUCUUUCUAUCCAUGUGCAUGCGGCCUGCGUUUUAUAUUCAUUAUCAUUCAAAAAUGUGGGUUUUCUUCUACUUUUUAUAAUAAUCUUUAAUUAUUAUUAAAAGAGUUUUUCACUUUCAUUUACCACUUCAGCCCCGGAAGAUUUGGCUGCUUAAUGACCAGGUCAUUUUUUGCGAUGUGAACAGUAUAAAAGUGGUCAAGAAGGGGUUAAAGUACAAAUAAAGGCAAAACCUUUU